AUGCAAGCACAACUUACCAGACAGGUCAUUAUGCAGGCGCCAGUAUUGGCAAGAGCAUCCACUAUUACUGCAGCUGCUGCAACAGCAAUGGCUGUGAGACGGUUCUCCUCGGACUCCACAAGGAACAACAAUAUCCAACACCUGUUGAAGAACAGCGGCAUUGACUCCAAGCACGGCUCGUUUGCGACGUUUGCCGAAUACAGAAAGUUUAUCAUUCAAAAGGACCCUGAAACCAUGCAGGCUAGAUUCAGAAUUAUGAUUAAGGACGGCAAUGCACAGAAACUUCCUGAAACUGAAGCUGAGCAGUCUCAUUUUGCAGAAAAUGUCAAGAAGGUUGCCUACAGGUGA